AUGGAUCCCAAUCAUGAUAUUUUUGCACAACUAGAUACCGCGUUGUUGGACAUCUUUCAUCAAAACCACACUAUUCAGCAUGAUUUCAACAGCUUACCAGAACACGAACGACAACGAGUGCUAGAUGAGAUGGAAGACUACGUUCGACAAAGUUCAUUAAACUCCACCAGACACGGUCGUAUCCGUCGGAAUCCACGCACAAUCAGACGAUUUUACGAAAUUACGUGGUAUUGGACCUAUCUCCCCCUCUUUACCAUCCGGUUUGAUCGCAUUUUCCAACAACUUACAAUGAGCAAUUUCCAAAGAGCCGUGACUAAUGCAGCAUUUUAUCUUGUCAAUAUGAUCCAAGCGGGAUUGCGAAGCUUAAUCUUCUUGUUUGUGUUGCAAACGUACUUGCACAAUGUCACCAAUAUGAUAUUUGUCUUUUCCAACAUCAUCACCUUCAGUUCCAAUUUCAUCAAGGAUGGGUUCACGUAUUGCUUCCAAGACAGGGCAGAUAUACUACACGAUCAUGCAUUAUUAGCAACGCACAAUUACGAUUGCUUCUACUACUUGAAUCUACCCCAAUAUGCAAAUGCGCUGAUUUGGAAACACGCCGAGCUCAUUUUCAAGAACCAUCGUGCAUACUUAUUGAGAACCUCAUGCGUCAUUGCAAAAGACGGCGCACCGUCAAAUUGUCACUUGAUCACUGAUUCAUUGGUGUAUAAAUUCUCAGACGCAAUUGCAAAAUCAUGCCCGCUGUUGUCAACAAGUAUAGUUCGAUUGUGCACGGUCGGGAUAUAUUUGGUCUAUGCUAUGCUUGGUAAUUUCGUUUGUUUGAAUAUUUUGUUCUUUUUGCUGUACAAUAUCAUGAGACGGAUUGCAGGGUAUGCCAACAUUGUCAAGAAUUUGAGCCAGGUCAUUGGUUCCACUUUUGUUGAGUACAUAGCAUAG